AUGUCAGAUGUUGCCUCAAGUGCUCCAGCUUUAUCUGCUUCUAAUGCAGCUCCUGCUGAUAAUUCAAACAAUAUCAACAAUGAUGACUACUUAUCCCAAGAAGAAGAAGUUUUUGAUGGUAAUGAUAUUGAGAACAACGAAACCAAGGUUUAUGAAGAAUCAUUGGAUUUGGAUUUAAGUCGUAGUAAAAGGCAAGUUUGGUUAGUCCGUUUGCCAAUGUUUUUGGCUGAGAAAUGGAGAGAUAGAACUAACUUGCAUGGUCAAGAUUUGGGUAAAAUUAAAAUUAACCAAAAUGGAAGUAAAAUCAAAUUAAUAUUAAAUGAAAAUGAUGACGAUUCUAUUCCUCAUGAAUAUGAUAUAGAAUUGACCAAGAAGAUUGUUGAGAAUGAAUUUAUAUUUACAGAACAGAAUUUGAAAAAAUACCAACAGCAUCAACGAGAAUUAGAGGCUGAUCCAGAAAAGCAAAGACAAGCUUACUUGAAGAAACAAGAAAGAGAAGAAGAAUUAAAGAAGAAACAACAGCAGAUCAAGAGAAGAAACAAUAGAAGGAAAUUUAAUCAUAGAGUUAUGACCGAUAGAGAUGGUAGAGAUAGAUAUAUCCCAUAUGUGAAGACUAUUCCUAAGAAAACAUCAAUAACCGGCACAGUUUGCCACGAAUGUCAAGUCAUGCCAUCUAUGAAUGAUCCAAACUACCAUAAGAUUGUUGAACAAAGAAGAAACAUAGUUAAGCGUAACAACAAAGAAACAAUUACAACAUUAGAUGAAACUGUCGGUGUUACCAUGAGCCAUACAGGUAUGUCCAUGAAAUCAGACAGUUCCAAUUUCUUGAAAGUUGGUCGUGAAAAGGCUAAACAGAACGUUAAAUCUAUUCGUAUGCCAAAGAAGGAGAUAUUGGACUACUUGUUCAAAUUAUUCGAUGAAUAUGAUUAUUGGUCAUUAAAAGGUUUGAAGGAAAGAACAAGACAACCGGAAGCACAUUUAAAAGAAUGUUUAGACAAAGUUGCUACUCUUGUGAAAAAGGGUCCAUAUGCAUUCAAAUAUACCUUAAGACCGGAAUAUAAGAAAUUGAAGGAAGAAGAAAGAAAGGCCACAUUAGGUGAACUAGCAGACGACCAAACGAAUGAGAGUUCAGAGUUCAUGGAUGUCGAUGGAGCUGAAGGACAGCAAGAAGGUGAAGAAGAAGAAGAAAUUGAAAUGGAAGACAUCGUUUAA